UGAAUGAGGAAAUAAUAUCCGUAUCGAGAGAUUUUGUCCUCGUGAGCACUUGGACACGUAUUAUUUCUAUUAAAAACGGACGUAUUUAUUCGUGUUAAACUGUAAAGGUUGGUGUAAUCAUGUCGAAGAGAGCAAGCCUGAAAAUAAGCAGCGAGUCUGCAGUGAAGGUGACAAACUGCCGUGAGUCUCUGUAUCAAGAGGCAGGGAAUCUGUUCUCCAACUUCAUCCCUCAGAAGAUUUUACAGCUGGAUGCUCUGCUUAAGGAUGAUGCUUUCAGUAUCACAGACUUAGCAUCUCUCAAAGCUCCCCUGGACAUCCCCAUUCCGGACCCUCCAUCUCCAGAGGACGAGGAGAUGGAGACAGACAAGAAUGAAGAUGACGAGAAGAAGAAGAAAAAACCUCCAAAAUGUGGCUUCAUCAAGGGUAAUGAGAAGAUUCAAGCGCUUCUAGAUAGGGUGAAGCCGGAGAUUGUCGCUCUAAGAGAGACCAUUGUUGUUGUCUCCAGCUGGAUUAUGCACCUUAUCCCAAAAAUAGAAGAUGGAAAUGACUUUGGGGUUGCCAUCCAGGAGAAAAUCCUGGAGAGAAUCACUGCUGUGAAGACCAAAGUUGAUGGUUUUCAGACCAACUUCAACAAAUACUUUACAGAGAGAGGAGAUGCCGUUGCAAAAGCUUCCAAAGAGACUCAUGUGAUGGACUACCGUACACUCGUCCAUGAGAAGGAUGUGGACAUAUAUAAUGAGAUCAGGGUGGUUGUCCUGGACAUUCGUGGCUUCUAUGCUGAGCUUUACGACAUCAUCAACAAGAACCUUGACAAAGUGACCAAUCCUAAAGGAGAGGAGAAGCCGUCCAUGUACUGAGGACGGACAGAAAGGGAGGUACAACAGGGGCAGAUUCUACAAUAACUUCAUUACCAAUCAUCUCUCUGUUCAGUUGUAUUCAUUUACCUCUGAACAAUUUGCAUAUUCUCCAUAAAUUUAAAAAACAUGUUCAUAUGUUUUAAAAUGCUGUUGUAAGAUGGCACUUUAGCUUUGUACCAACACUUGCACUAAGUUGUUAGACUAUGAGUUAAAGGAAAAAUAAAGACUUGUUUUUUU